GUUGUUGUAACUGAAAUCAAAAGCGUAACCAUUCUUACAUAGGCCAAGUAAAAAUCGGAUUUAAAUCAAAAAUCAAAAUUUCAAUUUUAAUAGUAGAGAUUUCUAGGGCUUCUCUUUCAAGUUUUGUAAAUUGCUUUCGGAGAGGAGAAAGCCAUGUCGCGGAAAACAGAGGUGGAAGAAGUUUCACAAGCUAUGAUCGAUGGUGUUAUGUCAGAUGAUCUUUCAUUACAGUUUGAAUCUACUGCCAAGAUCAGAAGUAUUCUAUCACGGAGAGAUAUAACUAUUCCUUGUGAAGCUCUUAUACGAUCUGGAGUUGUGCCUCGUCUCGUUCAGUUUCUUUACAAGGAAGAAUACCCUAGGCUUCAAUAUGAGGCAGCUUGGGUUCUCACAAACAUUGCUACUGAAAAACCGAAUGAGCUAGUUGAUCACGACGCUAUUCGAAUCUUAAUUCAGCUUGUUGAUUCUCCUAAAGGUUAUGUCCGUGAGCAGGCUAUAUGGGCACUGGGUAACGUUGCUGGUCAUUCAACAAAGUACCGUGACUUUGUUCUUCAGUUAGGGGUAUUGAUGCCACUGUUAAUUCUUCUGUGCAUGGGCAAUUCGCUCAGGAUUGGCACUUGGACUUUGUGUAACUUGUUUUGUGGCAAACCUCCCCCGACCUUCGAUCAGAUGAAACUUGCUCUCCCUGCACUUGAUCAACUUCUUCAUUCAAACGAUGAAGAAGUCGUGAAAAAUGCUUGCUUGGCACUAUCUGAUAUCUCUAAUGAUUCUGAAGAUGGUAUCCAAAGUUUGAUUGAGGCUGACAUUGUCUCAAAACUAGUUCAAUUUCUCAAACACCCUUCUACAGCUGUGCUUGUUAAUGCACUUCUUACCAUUGGGACUAUAACUGCUGGAAAUAAUCAGCAAACACAGUCUGUGGUCAAUUGCGGUGCUUUACCAUUUCUUUCCAACUUACUUACUCGAAACUAUGAGAAAGACAUAAAGAAGAGUGCUUGCUGGGUGAUUUCAAACAUCACUGCAGGCACUGUAGAACAAAUUCAGUCAGUGAUUGAUGAAAAUUUGAUUCCAACCUUGGUCAAUCUGGCUCAAAGUGCUGAUAUUGGCAUAAAGAAAGAAGCUGUAUGGGCAGUUUUAGGUGUGGUCGUAUGUGGUUCUCUUGAUCAAAUCAAAUACAUGGUGGAGCAGAGUUGCAUAAAACCUUUAUGCGAUAUUCUAGUAUGUCCAGAUCUAAGAACCAUCUUACUCUCAAAGUGUCUGGAUGGGUUAGAAAACAUUUUGAAGGCCGGAGAGGCUGUACCGAGUGUAAGAGACAGGAACCGUUAUGCUCUGCUGAUUGAAGGUGCGGAAGGGGUAGAAAAGAUUGAGGACCUGCAAAGCCAUGAAAACAGUGAGAUCAGCCUGAAGGCUUUGAAGAUUCUGGAGAGAUAUUGGCUUGUAGAAGAUGAUGAGAACAAAGUGUACCAAAGUGAUGAUUCAGUUGGAUCUUAGAGUCAAAACUCCAAGAGCGCGAGUGGAGAACUUUACUUGGUCUUCAAUCGAAUGUACAGAGUCGAUAUAAAAGAGAUGAUUCGAUGAGACUUUUGGCGUUGAGAGAUAGUGAUGAUGAGCUCUUCUGAUUCAUGGUGAUUGAAUUGCAUUUAUGAAUGUUAAUUGGCUUGCGUUGAGUGAUAGUGAUGAUGAGCUCUUUAAUAGAAAACCUUCAUUCUACGUAGUAAAGAUGAUGGUCAACCUCUGAUCCAUAUUUAGGAGUUGGCAAAACUAGCCGAACCAACCUGCAAAGACUAUGGCUAUUACAUUAUUUGUUUACAGCAAGAAGUGCCUCAAACAUUUUCAUCA